AUGGUGACCACGAGAAAUACCAAUGCGGAGGACCAGUCAGAGAUGUUAAGGUUGAUGGAGCAGAGGAUGACGGAAAUGCAAAGGAAGCAUGAGGAGGAGAUGGCUGCGAUCAGGGCCGAAUGUCUGGCCCAAAUCGCUAAGAGUAAGAAUGGAGAAAAAGGAGGAGAACAGGGCGAGGGAGCUGGUGAGAAGCGCACGCCUUUGGAGGAAGAAAAUAGCAGCGCCCAUGCGAACGGGAGAGAGGAGAACGAGAACAAGGAUAGCCGGUCGCUGGUUAAGGUCGAGGAGACAACCACCAUGGUGCCAUUCAUGAGGGAGAUUAUGGAGGUUCAUAUAUCGGAGCAGUUCGUACCGCCCCAGUUUAAAAUGUAUGAUGGGACAUCUGACCCGACCGCCCACGUGAAGUCCUUCAUUAAUGCCAUGACUUUCCGAACUGGGUGCGACGCUAUUUGGUGCCGGGCGUUUUCCUUAUCCUUGGAGGGAGAAGCUUUAGAAUGGUUCAACACAUUGCCCGUCAAUUCUAUUGAAAACUUCAAGAGUCUGGGGGAAAUGUUCAAGAAACAGUUUGCUGCAUGUAGUGCGGAAGACGUGACAAUAGUGGAUUUGAUGAAUCUCAGACAAGGGAAGGAGGAAUCUUUGAAGGUCUUUAUGGACAGAUACCAAAAAACGAUACGAAGGGUGAAAGGACUCAGUUUGGAGCUCGCCCUCCAGUACGUCAUGCCGGCCCUUAGACCGGGACCAUUUAAGGACAGUAUCUGCCGGACUCCUCCCCGGACGAUAGAAGAACUUAGACAGCGAGCGGCCGAUGAGGCCCGGGUGGAGACUAUGAAGCAGCAGUAUCAGAAAGAUGCUCAGGAGGCUAGGAUGGAUAAGACUGAUGGGAAGAAGACGGAUGGCCAAGGAAGUCGGAGCGGGCUGAAGAAUCGAGAGGGCCCGAGAGGUCCGCGUUUUCAACAGUAUAUCACGCUCAACGCUCCUAGAGCUCGGAUAUUGCAGGAAGCGUUGAGCACGCAGAUCAUGCAGACCCCCAUGAAGCGUCCAACUCCCCCAGGGGCGGACCUGACCAAACGUUGUUUGUAUCACCAGAAUUCGGGGCACGAUACGGAGGAGUGUGUUACGCUCAAGGAUAAAAUUGAAGAAUUAAUCCGUGCAGGGCGCUUGCAAAGGUACAUUAAGACAAAUACAUCAGACCAGUAUGCGGAGAGGUCGUCCAGCCCUAGGCAAACGAGCCGGAGGCCCCGGAGUCCUAAACGGCAAGAAAAAAGCACGAACACGCGGGGUUACAGGCCCGCGCGAGAUGAUCGGCGGGAGAGAAGUCGAAGUCGCAGCAGGGACGGGGAUAGAAGGCGACCGUUGAGGGGCAUAAUUAACACAAUUUCAGGAGGAUUCGCUGGCGGGGGAUCCACCUCCUCAGCCAGGAAAAGGAGCAUUCGGACACUGCGCUCCAUACAUGCCGUAGACGUUACGAGGCGAACCAUGCCCCCCAUCACCUUCACGGACGAAGAUUUCCAUGCACCGGACCCGGAUCAAGACGAUCCGAUGGUGAUAACCGUAGAGGUCGCGCGCUAUGAAGUUAGCAAGGUACUCAUUGACCAGGGAAGUUCGGUCAACAUCCUUUAUUGGAAGACAUUCUCCCAGAUGAACAUAUCCGAAGAUCUCAUAGUACCAUACAGCGAGCAGAUAGUCGGUUUCGCCGGGGAGCGGGUGGAUACCAGGGGAUAUGUUGAUCUACGGAUGCGCUUGGGAACCGGACGGGAAAGCUAG